UUGUUUGUGUUUCUGGAUCAGGAGGUUCAGAAUCUAUUAGAUUAGUCGGAGCUGUGAAAUUGGUUUUGUAUUUGUAUGCUUUUUUGAAAGUUAAUUUCUCACUUUGUUGAGAGGGUCUAAUUCCAUGAAAGUGAAGCCAUGAUUCAUGGAGAGGAGAAUUCGUCCGACGGGUCUUGUAGAAUCCGACCUGUUUUAGGAGAUGUGACAAAUCAAUUUGGGAAAAGGGGGUUUUCCACGAUUACGGGUAAUUUAGGUCUCAAAUCUGGAGAUAAGUACUGUGGAAAUGUUGAAAAGAAAGAUGAGGGUUCACAGUUUGUAAAGAAACUAUCUCUAGGAGUGGAGUCUUUAGUGAAAGGCAAUUGCAUAAUCAAUUGUGUUGAUUAUGAUAAAGAAAGGGGCAAGCAGGGUAGUGUUAUGCCAGGACCUUGUAGUGAGAUUAAAACCUUAAGUGGAAAUGCUAUAUCUGGUAUUUCAAAAAUACACAGUGAAAUUAGGGAGCCCAGUUUGUCUGAUGUCAGUUUGAAACUUGGAAGAGGCAUUACUGUUAACCAGAGUACCAAAGAAGUUGGUGGUGUCGUGAGGGACAGUUGUGUCUCUGGAAUUUCGAUGCCUAAGAGCUCGUGUGAUGGUAGCAUCCCUGAUGCCGAUGGAAAAUGUGGCACUGAUGAAGGAAGACUCAGUAUUGACACCACACAGAGUGAUAGUCUUCAUGAACAAUUGACAACUCAAGUUUGUGGCAGUGCUGGCAAUGAUCUUGGUGUUGAUAAUUUGGCCUCGAGUCAAUCUGGUUCCAUUGGGUGCUCAAGAUUGCCGGAGUCACAAGAGUCGAAGAAUUUUGGCUUAGAGAGAUGCACCGGACUAAAGGGUGAUGCGUGCUCCAAUUUAAGUCCAGCUGAUUUGAUCAAAACAUGCGCUUGUUCCUUUUGCACAAAAGCUGCUUAUAUUUGGUCAGACCUCCAUUACCAGGAUAUUAAGGGUCGAAUAGCUGCAUUAAAGAAGAGUCAGAAAGAAGCAAGCAUUAUGGUUCAAAGAAGUUGCAGGAAACAG